AGGAUUGGAACAUCAAUUAACAUCUGACCACUGCCAACCUGCCCACAUCGACUGCACUUCUGGGCUCCAGAGAGGAAGCAGGUCUUGCAGUGCACCAUGAUUUCAUCGUUCUUAGUGUUGGCCAUUGGUGCCUGUCUUUCCAACUCCUUAGUGCCGGAGAAAGAGAAAGACCCUAAUUAUUGGCGAGGCCAGGCUCAGCAGACUCUGAAAAAAGCCCUGGAACUUCAGAAUCUCAACACCAAUGUGGCUAAGAACAUCAUCAUGUUCCUGGGAGAUGGGUCAGCUCCACCACAAGCCCGGGGAGGAGACCAGGCUGGAGAUGGACAAGUUCCCCUUCGUGGCCCUUUCCAAGACCUACAACACCAACGCUCAGGUUCCUGACAGCGCGGGCACUGCCACAGCCUAUUUGUGUGGGGUGAAGGCCAAUGAGGGCACCGUGGGGGUGAGUGCUGCAACCGAGCGCUCCCAGUGCAACACAACUCAGGGAAACGAGGUUACCUCCAUCUUGCACUGGGCCAAGGAUGCUGGCAAGUCUGUGGGCAUUGUGACCACCACCCGAGUGAACCAUGCCACUCCCAGUGCUGCCUAUGCCCACUCUGCUGACCGGGACUGGUACUCGGACAAUGAGAUGCCCCCAGAGGCCCUGAGCCAGGGCUGCAAGGAUAUUGCCUACCAGCUCAUGCACAACAUCAAGGACAUUGAGGUGAUCAUGGGAGGUGGCCGGAAGUAUAUGUUCCCCAAGAAUAGAACUGAUAUAGAGUAUGAGAUGGAUGACAAGGCCAGGGGCACGAGGCUAGAUGGUCUGAACCUCAUCGACAUCUGGAAGAGCUUCAAACCGAGACACAAGCACUCCCACUACGUCUGGAACCGCACUGAACUCCUAGCCCUCGACCUUCACGCCGUGGACUACCUCUUGGGUCUCUUCGAGCCAGGGGACAUGCAGUACGAGCUGAACAGGGACAACGUAACUGACCCAUCACUCUCCGAGAUGGUGGAAGUGGCCAUCAAGAUCCUGAAGAAGAAUCCCAAAGGCUUCUUCUUGCUUGUGGAAGGAGGCAGAAUUGACCAUGGACACCAUGAGGGUAAAGCCAAGCAGGCCCUGCACGAGGCAGUGGAGAUGGACCAGGCCAUUGGCCAGGCGGGCAUCAUGACUUCUCUGGAAGACACACUGACUGUGGUCACUGCUGACCACUCCCACGUCUUCACCUUCGGUGGCUACACCCCCCGUGGAAACUCCAUUUUUGGUCUGGCCCCCAUGUUGAGUGACACAGACAAGAAGCCCUUCACUGCCAUCCUGUAUGGCAAUGGUCCUGGCUACAAGGUGGUGGGCGGUGAACGAGAGAAUGUCUCCAUGGUGGACUACGCUCACAACAACUACCAGGCUCAGUCAGCUGUGCCCCUGCGCCAUGAAACCCACGGCGGGGAGGACGUAGCGGUCUUCGCCAAGGGCCCCCUGGCACACUUGCUGCACGGUGUCCACGAGCAGAACUACAUCCCCCAUGUGAUGGCUUAUGCAGCCUGUAUUGGUGCCAACCGCGACCACUGUGCCUUGGACAACUCGGCAGGCAGCCCCUCUCCAGGCAUUCUGCUGCUUCUGUUGGCCCUGCUGCCUGUGAGCAUCCUGUUCUGAGGGCCCAAGGCCCGGGCACACACCAGCCAAUGACAGAUGGCCAGCCUCCCUCUCCCUGAGCUGCCCUCCUGCCUGGCAGCCCACACCUCAAGAGGCAGGGAGGUGGAGGCCUAUGCCACCUCCACAGCUGCCAGAAAGGGGACCCAGGAAACCAAAGUCUGCUGCCCACCU